AGAGACCCACGCCACACCGGGGGCUUCCUGCAAGUUCGGCCAAAGUGUCCGCUGUCGCUUUAAGGCGGCCCCCUGUGGCCUGGCCCGGGCGGGGAGCCGGGAUGCGGUGCUCCGAUUGGGCGGGGCGUCUCGGUGACGUCACCCGGGGUACAAAAGGGCUCCGGGCAGCGGGCGCCGGGGCAGAGCGGCCCAACCUCGUGUCGGCGUGCGUGGGUGCGCGCAUGCGCGGAGAGCCCGCGCCCAAGGAGGAGAGAAGGGAGAAGGGGGGAGCCCGCCCUCGCAGCCGUCCGCGGUGCACCUGCACCCCGAUCGCCCUCCCCGCCCUCGCGGCUUUGGUGCCGUCCAGCCUCGGGCGGGUCCCGGCCGGCCUCCGAGCAGCCAGCAUGGAGGUGCAGAAGGAGGCGCAGCGUAUCAUGACCCUGUCGGUGUGGAAGAUGUACCACUCCCGCAUGCAGCGCGGGGGCCUGCGGCUGCACCGGAGCCUCCAGCUGUCGCUGGUCAUGCGCAGCGCCCGGGAGCUCUACCUGUCGGCCAAGCUGGACCCGCACGAUCCCUGCCCGCCGCCCCCCGCCCCCGCCCGCUGCCUGGACCCCCGCCUGCACCCACCGAGGCCCAGCGAGACCACCGAAGGGGCGCCCCCCGACGGCGAGCCGCCCUGCCCGGAGCCCAUGGAGACGCAGGAAGUGGCCCCGAGGACCCGAGACACCCCGGACGACACCCCGGCACCUCCAGCCCGCCCGCCCUCCCGGGAAGCCCCUCGGGGCCCAGCGGCGGCCAGGGUCAACCGCAAGCGGCGCAGCAGCUGUAGCCUGAGCGAAGGGGCUGAAGCCGGACUGGUCCCCAGCAAGAAAGCCAGGCUGGACGGGGAGGACGAGGCCGGGGCGGAGAGGCAGCCGGCCGCGGGGGGGCCGUGCGCGGAGACCCCCGGCCGCACGCAGCCGCAGGGCGCCUUCCCCAAUCUGGCGCGCGUGCUGCAGCGCCGCUUCUCCGGACUCCUGGGCCGCAGCCCGGCCGCCCCCCCGACGGCGCCCCCGCCGCCCCCCGGCUGCGAGGCCUCGCCGGCCUGCCGGCCCGCCGACAGCAUGGUCAACGUGCUCGUGCGGGCCGUGGUGGCUUUCUGAGGGGGGGGGACGAUCUCCGCCCACCCCCCGCGACCCCCGAUGGCAGCGGGGUCCCAACCGUCGAGCCGAGAGCGCACAGCCUGUGGGGCAGAGGCCCCCCUCGCCCGCCCCUUCUCGGGGGCGAUAGUGGGGGAGGAGAGGAGCCUCCGCACACGCACACACCCCCCCCCCACGGGGCCGCCGAGAGGCCCGGAGGCCGAGGAGAGAGAGAAAGAAAAAGAAGAGAGAGACGUGGGGAAGGGGGGGGGGACUCUGCCCGCCCGCCCCGUCGGGGGGAGCACAGAAGUGGGAAACUUCCCACACGCACCUCCUUGGGGGAGACUUGGAGGGGGGGGGUCCUCAGGGUCGGACUUAAACCAGCCACCCCCACCCUUGGGUGACACGGUCGUGCGAGCGGCCAGCCUUGCGUCAUGGGGCAGAUGGGCCGCGCUUCCCGUCGGGGCCGCGUGGGUGCGGGGCCGGCCUGAGUCACCCGCGGUCCGCGCCCCCGCCUGCGGGCCGGGCUUAGGGGUGGGGUGGCUCGGGUGCGAAUUCAGGGUAUUUCUGAUGAUUUUUUUUUUUUUUGUAAUCUGCUGCCGAGAGGCAGGAACCGGAUUCUCUUUCCAAGAGAUGUCCUGUGGUUCCCCCCCACCCUAAGGGAAAAAAAAAAUUCUGGAGGGGGGGAGGCCUUAGAAAGCUGGGUUGCGACCAGUUUUUUUUUUUAUUUUAAGGGGGGGAUUUGUCUGGAAAGGGGUUUGUUGUAUGGGACACGGGUGGUGAAUUUGUGUGUAAAUCUUACCAGUCUGGCAUUUAUUAUAUAUAUAUCCGUGUGUGUGUAUAAUGUGUAUGUGUGUCUUGUCUGUUCGAGAUGCCAGAUGGGACCAAAAAAAUCAAAUAAAAACCGUGUUUGGAAUAAAAUAAAAACCCUGUCUGGAACCCCAA